AUCGGAAUUGGUAGAAGUCUGCGGAACUAGAACGCACAUCUAAAGAUACACUCCAAUCAUAGGCAGACGUACCAGAGUAAACACAAUAGUUAGGAGCAGGUUAGAAAUAUUCCAAAAAAAGAAAAAGAGAAAGAAAGAACAAGUGUAUAUAUGAAAGAAAAAUGUAUCUCAAUAUCUGGAUGUCUGAUUCAAAAAGCUGAUUAAUUUAAAUAUAAUAUGGGGAAGAAAAGAAAUAUUCAACCUCCGUCAAUAAUGCCAGGGCGGAUAAAAGUGGAAAUAAAAGAUGAAAUAGGAGAUAGUGAUAUCUUAGUAGCAAGGGAUCGUUUGAAAGGUGCUCUUCGAGAAUUAUUACAACAUAGUGAUACAGGUUCAUCAGGGGACUCAGGCGAAGAAAGUUCUGCUCAGGAUUAUAAACAUUCAAUAAAAAAAAUGACAAAAUCUAUUAAUUCUCAACAACCACGAAAAGUCCGACGUCGCCGACAAGUACAAACUGAUACAGCAUUUCAUCAUACAUAUGUAAUGAAACUAUUUGAUCGCAGUGUUGAUUUAGCUCAAUUUCAAGAAGACACACCACUUUAUCCUAUAUGUCGUGCUUGGAUGGCUAAUCAACCAAGGAAUCCUAAUUUGGUCCCUAAAAUACGUAGUCCAAGUCCAGAAAUAGUUAAUGAAGUCAAUAUAACAAAUAAUUUAAUUGAUGCUAAUGGAGAGCUAAAUGAUGUCCAUUAUUUACCAACUCCUUUACCUCGUGAGGAGGCCAUACCAAGAAAUCGCAUUCCAUCUCCUAUACUCGCAGAAAAGGACGAACUGAACUUAGAUUACGAAGGCCAAACUCUUAAAUCGCGGGAGCAAUUAAUGAAGGAGCAUACUACACGAUGGAAUGCUAUUCGCAAAAAAUGGCAUCAGCAAGCCCAUAAAAAUGAACAACGUUAUAUACAGAGUGCUACUAUACUUAGCACCAUUUUUACAAAGGCGCAAGCAGAGUUUGAAUAGCAGAAAUAUGGCAGUCCAAUGACUGCCAAUUCUUGUAUAACUGAUAAUUCCAUUUGUAAUAAUUUUUAUUACGUCGUCAAGGAAUAAUUUCUUAUUUGUCUUGUUUUUCAACAUAACUUCAUUGGUAAAUGCAAAAUGGGGCUAUAUUUAUACACGUCUUAUAUGAAUGAAGUUUUUAUUUAUAAUGCCCAUAAGAAAGUUGUAAUCAUAUU